CAGCAUGACGACGUCGUCGUCCACUCUUUCUCCUACCUUGCUUCUCCCUUGCAGUUGCAGGCAUGGAGCUUCUACGCUGAAGAAACUCCAAACCCUAAACCCCAACUCCCCGAUAGGACUCUCCUCUUUCCUGAAAACCAUGAAGAGACCAAGACCAUCACCACCAUCCACUCCUCCGACCUCAAACCAUCCACCGCCUCCGUCACCACCACCGCCGCGGCGAAAAAACCGUCUCAAUCCGCAAUCGCUCACCGCCGAAACCCUAGAGUGGGUCCCGCUCGACCUCACCGAGUCCGAGCUCUCCUUGCCCCUCACCUUCCCCACCGGCCAAACCUUCAGGUGGAAACGCACUGGCCCCCUCCGGUUCACCGGCGCGGUCGGCCCUCACCUCGUCUCCCUCAAGCACCGCAAGGAUGGCGACGUCGCGUAUUGCGUGCACGGUGAUCGGCCCGAUGGCGCGGGAGCUCGAUCGGCAUUGCUGGAUUUCCUUAACGCCGACAUUCGAUUGGGUGAGAUCUGGGAGGUGUUCUCGGCCUCGGAUCCGCGCUUCGCUGAGCUGGCGAGGCUCCUGCGCGGGGCUCGCGUGCUGAGGCAGGAUCCUCUGGAGUGCUUGAUUCAAUUUCUCUGUUCUUCGAAUAACAACAUUGCGAGAAUCACCAAAAUGGUGGAUUUCGUUUCGUCUUUGGGGAGGUGUCUGGGGACUGUGGAGGGUUUGGAGUUCUAUGAGUUCCCGUCGCUACAGCGACUCAUGGCCGUCUCUGAGAAAGAAUUCAGGGAGGCUGGUUUCGGUUACAGGGCCAAGUAUAUUGUGGGCACCGUUAAGGCUUUGCAGUCAAAACCUGGCGGUGGUGUGGAGUGGCUUAUAUCACUGCGUGGAUUGGAUCUACAGGAUGCUAUUGCUGCUCUCUGUACUUUACCUGGAGUUGGUUCUAAAGUUGCAGCAUGCGUAGCUCUCUUCUCUCUUGAUCAACAUCAUGCCAUUCCUGUUGAUACGCAUGUGUGGCAAAUUGCUACCAGGUAUCUAUUACCUGAGCUUGCUGGUGCACGACUUACAGCCAAGCUCGCUGGCCAAGUAGCAGAGGCUUUUGUGAGCAAGUAUGGGAAAUAUGCUGGUUGGGCUCAGACUAUGCUUUUCAUUGCUGAGUUACCUUCUCAAAAGGCCAUUGUACCAUCACAUUGUCAGACUAUCCAGGAAGAUAAAAGAGGUUGAAAGGAUAGAUAAAGAAGCUUGUAGUGCUGAGUGAGGCUUUCACUAGAAAGGGAUGUUUUAUUGAGCCGUGUGCCAAAUUGGGUUUGGCCAUGGUAAUUAUUCUGCUUGCCAAUUUGUCAAAUGAAGGAUGCUAUAUGAAGAGUCGGAGACAAAUGCACACUCUGGGCUUUGAAGUCUGAAGAAAACCCAGUGGAAGUGUGGCUGCUUGGAUAAUUCUCGUGUAUGCUGGAUAAUGCUCUCUGACAGACUUUGCUCUCAGUUGUCACUGCUUGGUUGAACGUCUGGUGCAUGCACAUGCAGAUGCUAUUCUGGCUUCAUGAGUAAGCGACUUUCAUUUCUUGUAUUCAGAGGAUAUCUCCAUCUGAUGCUUUGUGAAUGCCUGCCCCCCUUCAUGGUGCUAGGCAUGUAUCUUAGAUAAGUUUAGUAUCAAAAUUUGUGGUCCUUGUGGCCAGAUGAUUUCUUAAUUGAGACAUAUAUGCUCCUUUUCACGUUA